CGAGACCCAUUCGAAUUUUUGCUCCAGUCGCUCCCAUAUUUUCGGUAGUCCUUUACGUCCAAGUAGACACAGCUCCUUUCUUAAACAGACUCGCCAACAAUCUAUGUCUCUCACGCUUACUCUCAAUUGUUGGGUAUUUGGCGAUGAUGCUAGCCAAGUGUUCCCGGUGGAAAUUUCGAAUACAAAGUCUGUUGGUGCCCUCAGGAAAGCCAUCCGGGGGGAGAAGCCGGUCGCUCUCCAACACAUUGACGCAGACACCCUCACACUUUGGAAGGUUGCCAUCCCACUCGAAGUCUUCGCGAAGCAGAAGGUUGGACUCGAAGACGCACAAGUACUACUCUCGCCCUUUAAGAGAUUGUCCAGCUUUUUCUCGGAUCAACCUGAUGAUCUAAACCUACACGUCGUUGUUCAGCUCCCGACUGUUGUGCCACUCCCUAUUCAUAUCCUCGAACUAUACUGUCUCAUUCGUGAUGAAGAUGCCAGCCACAUCUUUCUGGUCAAAAUUGAGAUUACAGAGUCUGUUUCCGCCCUCAGGAAAGCCAUCCGGGGGGAGAGGCCGGUCGCUCUCCAACACGUUGAUGCAGACGCCCUCACACUCUGGAUGGUUUCCAUUCCAUUCAGCGGCAGUUUCGCGGAGAAUGUGAAGAACGCUGAACUUAGAGAUGAGAAAGCCCUAUCACCUGUGCAGAAAUUAUCCGACAUUUUCUUGGGUCCACCUCAGGGUGACCAACUGCACAUCAUUGUUAAGGCUCCUCCACGUAUAAGUGAGUGCAAAUGAUUGACUGAUUGUUGUGUUUACCCCUUACCUGUUCGAAUGGCGUUACUCGUACGGUUGCCCCAUUCGGUAGUCAACGCUCAAACAGAUACAGGUACG